AUGUCUACUAGACCGCAACCUGAUUGGUACUACCAUAGACACCCAUAUGCCUCGACACCAUUGGCGGAAGGAGAGGAACCACAAUUGUUACCUAUCCAAGAUCAAAGGAACCAUAAGAAGUCGAAAAUUUGGAUGGCAUACAAGGGUCCCAUAGUUCAAUGGUAUAAGAAUGCUAUGCUUAUCAAAAACAAUUUCUGGAAAGACCUGGAGUCGUCUCACCAGAUUAUUUGGUAUCCAUAUAAAGGUAUUAGUGAAUCCGUAGGGAGCACGGAUUACUUGCACCUGUUCUUCCUAAUAUUUGGAUAUUAUGUGCUAAAUCUUGGGCUCAUUAUUGCGUUUACGUCGAUCCUAGCUUGUUCUCUUUUGGUGUGCAUAUACCUGCCCUUUCUUGGGCUCUUUGCGUUACCGCUAGCAUAUGUGCAAACUAUUCUCAUUUCUACAACCCUGUGUAAUUCUAUGGUGAAAGGUACUGAUUUUGUUCUUUUCACACGUAUUUACGGUGUGACAUUUGCAAGAAAGAAUUUGCCAGAAUUGAGCGAAGCCUGUGAAACGAUAAGUUUCUCGCCUUUUGUUUACAGAAGAUCGCAUCGAUUGGGUGGUCUUUUUUCCAAAAGGUUUUAUCUCGUCUCUUUGCCACAGUUUCUCUUUUUUUUUUUCUGGUAUGUUUUCAUAGCCUUCGUGUUUCUUUUGUUAUUGAUUGUUCCAAUUGUGGGUCCAAUCAUUAUCAAUAUGCUACCAUUUAGUCCCGGAAUGGGAUUCUAUUAUUUCGAACCCUAUUUUGUUGACGUACUACAUUUGGGUUCGCGAAAACUAUCCGAAGUAUACUACAAGGGUUUUGCCAAAUGGCUCCUAUACUCAAUGUCCAGCGGUUUAUUAGAGUCCAUCCCAAUACUGGGCGGGUUGUUCAUUGGUACAAACGUAGUAGGUGCGUCUCUUUGGAUAGUAAAAGAGAUAAAAGAUCAAGAACAGCCAGCCGUAGCUCCCGCGCCCUCUGCAGAACCAGAAGGGCCUACAGUAGGAUCGUAUGCGCCUCCGAUUCAACAAUCCAUAGCCCACGUAAAUCCACCAUGA